UUUCGUAUCACUUGUCUUCAAAAAAUAGACUAGUUUUACGACAUGGGUGAAGGGAACAGAAGAAUUGCGAGGGCUUUGUAUGAAAGAGCAAGCCAAAGUGAAAAAAGAGAAGCGAGUGAGUUUUAUGAGAGACUAAAGUCGAAACGAGACGGAAAAAUAAGGGUGCUAGAAUUUAAAAAGGGUGUGGAAUCUAGUCUUUCCAAGGAGAAAAUUUUCAAGCAACUAGACUUAAACGGAGACGGAUUCCUCGAAUUCGAAGAUGUUCUGCUGCUCUUUUACCACAGCGUGAAAAAGGCGAUCACAAUCCUCCGUUGUCGCGGCUGUUCCGUACUUAUAUUCGCCACUGCUUAUUCAUGCUUCCAAUGCUUCUUCAACACUGCUGACCACAGAUUCUCCCUUUGCCAUGCUUGUUAUGCCACGGGAAAGGUCCAACACGGACACCCCUUGACCUCCUCGUCGUCCUCCUCCUCCUCUUUGUUGCGCGACCAAGCUCUUCUUAUUAAGUUUAGCGACCUCAUCUCUGCGCAUCCAUCAACCUCUCGAUCCAAGAAAGAGUUGAAAAGAAUGUGGGAGGAAGCCAAGUCCAAAGCUGGAGCAGCCUCUCCGGCUGUGGAGGGCAUGGCGGUUAGCUACUUCAAAUCCAUGGGAUCUGACAACCGCGUUGAUAUUAAAAAGUUCUCGUCCACUCUCACCAAACAGCAAGAGGAAUUCCUUACUCCCGCGCCUGAUUCUGAUCCUGCCACUAAUUAUAUGAAGAACACGUUGGCAAUGAAAUUCAGACAAACCUCAGAAACAAAAACUGCGUAUCAUACAGCUUCACCUUCAACUCCCUAUACAUAUUACGCGAAUCAUCCUAUUCCUAUUCCUAUUCCUUCGAGUUAUGGUCCAAACGUGCAGACUUCUUCAUCAAAUGGAACAAUAUCUCCACUGAAAAUGGUGACUACCACAUUCAAAAUAGUGGAAAUGGCCCUCACCAUAGCCAGCCUCUCCGGCAUGUGCACUAUCAUGUGACUACAUAUAGUUGAAAUGUAAUGUUAUUUGAUUUUUUUGUGUGUGUUUAUUAUGUGGACGAGUACUCUUUUUCCUACUCGGUCAUCUUAUGGUGAGCUGCUUCGAGAGGUUUUAAUGAGGCUCGAUGUUUUGUGUGUUUAAUAAUUUACAUUUCAUGACCUUUAUAUCGAGCUGCUUCGAGAGGUUUCGAUUU